AUGAUAUCUACCGAUUCUAGUGAAUGGUUUGUAUCUGUUCUUCGUUUUGAUACACAGCCUAAGCAAAUCCAUGAGAUCAAGGAUUUCCUUCUUACUGCCAGGAGGAAAGAUGCACGCUCUGUGAAGAUCAAGAGGAGCAGAGAUGUGGUCAAGUUCAAGGUUCGCUGCUCAAAGUACCUCUACACCCUUUGUGUGUUUGACCCUGAGAAGGCAGACAAGCUGAAGCAAUCACUUCCUCCAGGUUUGAGUGUUCAAGAGCUUGAUAAAUCUGGGUAG